CGUCCGGGUGGGUCAAGGCCAGGAAAGUAGCACUUGUUCGCUGCUGCCCAGAAGGCUAGAAGCCGAGGCGCCAGGAGCGGCAUGGCGACUUGGUCCCAGCCGGACUCGGGUUUCUCUGGAAACCCCCCUGGUAAGUGUGGAGGAGGCGGGACACUCUGACCCAAGACAAAAGGCCUGUAGCUCCAGCCAAAGAAAAUAAACCUUAGGAAGGAGAAGGAGAAAAAAAAAAUCAUCAGCUGUUUCUGAGAACAGCCUGCAGUGGAAUCUACAGAAUCUACAGAGAGGACAACUAAUGUGAGUGAGGAAGUGACUGUAUGUGGACUGUGGAGACAGUAAGUCACGUGGGCCUUGAGGGCCUGGACUGGGUUAGCAACAGUUGUACUUUCAGAGGUGAGGUGUCAAGAAGGGAAAAGUGAAUGUGGUCUGGAGUGUGGCCUUGGCUCCAAGGGGUGUGUUUUCCUCUGAGGCCAUCAGGGAGCUCAGCCCCUGUGUUCUGCCAGGGUGGGGUACAGGGUUUGGCACUGAGGAGGGUGACUUGCUGGCUGGAGCAGCAGAGCAGUGGCCUUGAUUUGUCUUUCAGAAGAUUUAAAAACCAAAAAACAUAAACAUUCUGGUCCUUCAGCAAUGCUUUCUCUGAAGAAAUACUUAACGGAAGGACUCCUCCAGUUCACCAUUCUGCUCAGUUUGAUUGGGGUGCGGGUGGACGUGGAUACUUACCUGACCUCACAGCUCCCCCCGCUUCGGGAGAUCAUCCUGGGGCCCAGUUCUGCCUAUACUCAGACCCAGUUCCACAACCUGAGGAAUACCUUGGAUGGCUAUGGUAUCCACCCCAAGAGCAUAGACCUGGACAAUUACUUCACUGCCCGGCGACUCCUCAAUCAGGUGAGGGCCCUGGACAGGUUCCAGGUGCCAACUACUGAGGUUAACGCCUGGCUGGUCCACCGGGAUCCAGAGGGGUCUGUCUCUGGCAGCCAGCCCAGCUCAGGCCUCGCCCUCGAGAGUUCCAGUGGUCUCCAAGAUGUGACAGGCCCAGACAACGGGGUGCGAGAAAGCGAAACGGAGCAGGGAUUCAGUGAAGAUUUGGAGGAUUUGGGAGCUGUAGCCCCUCCAGUCAGUGGAGACUUAACCAAAGAGGACAUAGAUCUGAUUGACAUCCUUUGGCGACAGGAUAUUGACCUGGGGGCUGGGCGUGAGAUUUUUGACUACAGUCAUCGCCAGAAGGAGCAGGAUGUGGAUAAGGAACUGCAAGAUGGAGCAGAGCAAGAGGACACAUGGCCAGGCGAGGGUGCAGAAGCUCUGGCACGAAACCUGCUAGUGGAUGGAGAGACUGGGGAGAGCUUCCCUGCACAGGUGCCUGGUGGGGAGGACCAGACAGCCCUGUCCUUGGAAGAGUGCCUUAGGCUGCUGGAGGCCACCUGCCCCUUUGGGGAGAAUGCCGAGUUUCCGGCAGACAUUUCCAGCAUAACAGAAGCAGUGCCUAGUGAGAGUGAGCCCCCAGGUCUUCAGAACAACCUUUUGUCUCCUCUCCUGACUGGGACAGAGUCACCAUUUGAUUUGGAACAGCAGUGGCAAGAUCUCAUGUCCAUCAUGGAAAUGCAGGCCAUGGAAGUGAACACAUCAACAAGUGAAAUCCUGUAUAAUGCCCCUCCAGGAGACCCACUGAGCACCAACUACAGCCUUGCCCCCAACACUCCCAUCAAUCAGAAUGUCAGCCUGCAUCAGGCAUCCCUGGGGGGCUGCAGCCAGGACUUCUCACUCUUCAGCCCGGAGGUGGAGAGCCUGCCUGUGGCCAGUAGUUCCACGCUGCUCCCGCUGGUCCCCAGCAAUUCCACCAGCCUCAACUCCACCUUUGGUUCCACCAACCUGGCGGGGCUCUUCUUUCCACCACAGCUCAAUGGCACGGCCAAUGACACAGCCGGUCCUGAGCUGCCUGAUCCGCUGGGGGGUCUAUUAGAUGAAGCCAUGCUGGAUGAAAUCAGCUUGAUGGACCUGGCCAUUGAAGAAGGCUUUAACCCAGUGCAGGCCUCCCAGCUCGAAGAAGAAUUUGAUUCUGACUCAGGCCUCUCCUUGGACUCCAGCCAUAGCCCUUCCUCCCUGAGCAGCUCUGAAGGUAGUUCCUCUUCCUCCUCCUCUUCCUCCUCCUCUUCCUCCUCCUCUGCUUCUUCCUCAGCCUCUUCCUCCUUUUCUGAGGAAGGUGCGGUUGGCUAUAGCUCUGACUCUGAGACCUUGGAUCUGGAAGAGGCUGAGGGCGCUGUGGGCUACCAGCCUGAGUAUUCCAAGUUCUGCCGCAUGAGCUAUCAGGACCCGUCUCAGCUCUCCUGCCUGCCCUACUUGGAGCACGUUGGGCACAACCACACGUACAACAUGGCGCCCAGUGCCCUCGACUCUGCUGACCUGCCACCCCCCAGCACUCUCAAGAAGGGCAGCAAGGAGAAGCAGGCCGACUUCCUGGACAAGCAGAUGAGCCGGGAUGAGCAUCGAGCCCGAGCCAUGAAGAUCCCGUUUACCAAUGACAAGAUCAUCAACCUGCCUGUGGAGGAGUUCAACGAGCUGCUGUCCAAGUACCAGCUGAGUGAGGCCCAGCUGAGCCUCAUCCGUGACAUCCGGCGCCGCGGCAAGAACAAGAUGGCGGCGCAGAACUGCCGCAAGCGCAAGCUGGACACCAUCUUGAACCUGGAGCGGGACGUGGAGGACCUGCAGCGUGAUAAAGCUCGGCUGUUGCGGGAAAAGGUGGAGUUCCUCCGGUCCCUGCGGCAGAUGAAGCAGAAGGUCCAGAGCCUGUACCAGGAGGUGUUUGGGCGGCUGCGGGAUGAGAAUGGGCGGCCCUAUUCGCCCAGUCAGUAUGCGCUCCAGUAUGCUGGGGACGGCAGCGUCCUCCUCAUUCCCCGCACCUUGGCCGACCAGCAGGCCCGGCGGCAGGAGAGGAAGCCGAAGGACCGGAGAAAGUGAGCCUGGGGAGGAAGGGGGUUGAUGCUCACCGAGAUGGGAACUGGAGAAGGGCUGGGCCUGGACCUGGACCUACAGCGGGGACUUUAAUGCCUUCUUAUCUAAUAGAUCUUCACAGAGGGGACGACUGCGGGUCAGUGGACAGGACGAGGCAGGCGCUGUCUGGUUCAGCUUCCCCCGCUGAGGGGAGUGGAAGUGGCCAGACCGUUUGGGUGGACAGGGUCCUCACUCCUUCCCCUUUCCUUCAGGGGAAGGGUGGUGCUGGCAUUGCUGGAAGCGGACAGAUGGGAAGGAAGGGACUUGUGAGCGGAGGGGGAGGUAGUAGAAAGUCAGUCUCAUUUCCUGGAGGGAAAGGAAGGAAGGAAGGAAGGGGAAGAAAAAUCAAAGCGGGAAGAAAAUCAAAGGGCAGGUUAAGUUGACUCUGGCCAGGAUUCCAGGCAUCAGGUUUUAGGGGAGACCAUUUGGUGUGAGUAAACCCCACUUCACCCCAGGGGAGGGGUGGAACACGGAGUGGGUUCUGGAAGGGGCUUCUGAACUCUCCUGCCCCUGCACUUUGGCAUCCCUGAAGGGGAGCUCUUGGAUGAUAUUUUCUGUGAGGUUUCAGUCAUAGGGGAGCCACUGGGACCCGACACUGACUUGAAGAGUUAGGAUGAAACAGUAAACAGGCAAGGGUCACAGGCCCUGUGUUGCAGCAGCCCCAACCAAGCAUGUCACUCAACUGCCCUGCCAUCCAUCUUCCUCUGUGCCCAGUCACCCCUGAGCCGAGGCUCCCACAUCUCCAUCAGAGCCUGCAUGCGAAUGCUGUUCUCCUCCUGCCCGUGUGCCCCCGCCCCUCACUGGCUGCCUGGAGUUCUUCUGCAGCUGGGGUGCUGGCAGUGCCCCCAGUGCUGGGCCUGCAGCCUCCUGGAAGCUGCUCUGAGGCAGGGGGAUGAUGUGGAGAAGCCAGGCAGUAUUCAGCACAACAUUGGGGAGUGACCCUUCCCUCAGGCCUCCCCUCCCAACAACUGGGCUUGUCACUGGAAAGAAAAAAUAUGAAACCCAGCAACGACGACAAAAACUAGUCCUUUUAGAGUUUCUUGCGCUUUGAUUUUUUUUUUUUUUAGGGUUUGAGCCCUGUUUCACUUGUAGGGUCUAGAAUGCUUGUGUUGAGUAAAAAGGAGAUACCCCAAUAUUCAAAGCUGCUAAAUGUUCUCUUUGCCAUAAAGACUCCGUGUAACCGUGUGAACACUUGGGAUUUUUCUCCUCUGUCCCGAGGUCUCUUGUCUGCUUUCUUUUUGGGUUUCUUUCUAGGAGAAUGAGAAGUGCAUGUAAGAGGGGCUGAGGGUACCCCUUCCCCAAGGCUAUUGGCCGCAGGCAGCUUCUCCGUACCCCGGUUUAGCAAGGGCUUCUGGCGGACCGCCUGGGGGAGGCAGAGAGGGGAGUGCCAAGGUGACCAGGUGGUUCCUGGACCCAUGUCUUUGUUUCCUACUGCUGUCCCACCUCUGCCUGGGUCUAGAGUACUGUCUGCCCCAGACUAACAGGAAUGAGUUCAAGUGGGGGGAAGCACUGAUUCUCUUCCCCACUUGGAGGGGGAGGCGUUCUAACUGAGCAGUAGGGAUAGAAGGCAUGAGCCUGGGAAGUGCUUUUAUAAAUUAUUUCCUUGUAGAUUUAUUUUUAAUUUAUCUCUGUGACCUGCCAGGGAGAGGAGAGAGAGAGAAAGAAAGAUGCUGUGAGCACAUGACAAAAUAAAAUAAAAUGAAUGAUUCAUUCUCAAGUGCAAUUUUUCCCUAUUUUGAAUUUAAACUGAGUGUAAAGGAAAUAGGCCCCAAGAGGAGAGCACUGACCAUUGUGUGGCCAAGGCAAAGCUCUUAUGGGAAGGUGGGUGAAGAGUGGGGGAGGUUGACAAUGCAGUCUUAAAUACUGCAUUAAAUCUUCCAAAAAUGAGUUUAUUACCUUUUUGUAGGGUCUGCCAGCUGAAUCCUUUUAGAAGAAGGACUCAGUAUCCUCUGGCCUUUUUCUCAUAGGGCUAGGUGGGUUUUGUCAUAUGGCCCAGCUCCUUACCGGUCCCCCUGCGGCAAACUACAUUUUUAACAUUGACUGUGCUGUUCUUUCUCUGGUGGUCCCACCUACCAGCUGGAGUGUAGUCACAGUGAUGAUGGAAACCUGGGAGAUUGACGGACCAGCACAUGCCAAGCUCUUCAUUUUAACAGCAGGGUCCCAGAACUAGAGAAACAGACAAUUUGACCCCAGGGUUUAAGGCAUUUGAAAUCCUUUCCAGCUGAGGUGACCAGAAUCUUCUCCCUCAAAAAACCAAAAGCGUAUGAAGUGGUGGAUGCUUUAAGGUACCAGAUGGUUGUUAGAACUGUCUCAUGCCCAUCUAUGGUAGGUACUUUACAAAUGCCCAAGCAAUAAACAGCCACUUGGCAGUCUGUGAGAUUACCAGACAAGGUUUUGGGCUGGAGGCUGUGUUCUCCAUGAUGAAACCUGUGAUCUGGAACUCCCCAUGUACCACUGUGUGACCUGGUUCAGUGAUGCUACUAGAGUUUAUUCUGUGGGGUGAAAUAGAAUUCUGGGAAUAAGGCUGAGCUCUUGUUUCAAUUUACAAUGGCUUCCCACCCCCUCCUCCCCCCAACUCUAGUUGGAAGGGGUUGGUCAGUCCUAUUAAAUAAGAGCUGUUUCCUAAGGCAAAAAGAGAAGGCAGCAGAGGAUGAAAUGGUUAGAUAGCAUCACCGAUUCAAUGGACAUGAAUCAUGAAUUUGAGCAAACUGGGAGAUAGUGGAAGAUAGGGAAGCCUGGCGUGCUAUAGUCCAUGGGGUUGCAAAGAGUCGGACACAAUUUAGUGACUGAACAACAAAAUUGACUGUAAACCAAAUAAAACAUUUUGAAGGAAAAAAAGGCUAAAAAUUAAGUUGGAAAAACUGCUGAUAAAAUAUAUAGAAAACUGUGACAAGUAAAAUUCAGAGUAAUGUCUUUGUAUUCCUUCUAGAAACGUUUCUACCUAUUUUUGUUUAGUACACAAUUAGGCUUUAACUUUAGUUUUGCAACUUUUUUAACAUUUUUUUUAAAGAUUUUAAGAGAAAAAUGCCUUACCUCCCCUUUGCUAAUGUUGCUUCCGGUCUGAGAAAGUAUGUUUUGGUCACCCCCUUCCCUCAUGUCCCCUUAUGGAGAGAUGUACAGCUGUGUCUGGGAGCUUACUGAUUAGCUGGGGCUUUGGGCCAAGUUGGUCAGCACUGCUGUGGGGCUGACCUCUUUUUGCUGUUGGCAGGUGGAGUGCGUGUUCCAGCUUCAAGGCUUUUUCUGGCAGGAAGAAGAUAUGAGAACUCAAGUAAGGCCUCUGAAAGCUGUUACACCUGAGACAGGAAGUGAGACAAGGUCCUAGAGUUCACAGGGAGAUGAGUAGGCCUCAGGACCAAACUUCUGGGGGUCUUUUGGGGUAGGGGUCAAAAGCUUGCUUUGUCUUGACUUUAGUUCUAGGCAUCAUUCAAACUGAUUUUCCCACACAUCUUUAAUUAUGUAAGGCAGUGGAAGUAGAUCCCCCUUUUUUUUUUCAGGCUAUGUGAGGUCUUAGUUCCUCAAUGGGGCAAUCCAACCCCUACCCCCUUGCGUGGAGUCUUAAUUGCUGGACCACCAGUAAAGUCCCAGAUCCACUGUUUCAGUCUCUGCCCCACAUAAGGUCUUACUACUGAAACUAGGGCUAUUUCAGUAUCAAUAAAAUAGAUUUUCAAUAAAAAUAGAAAAAAAAACAGAACCGAGGGGGAGAAAAGAAAUCUAGAGACAUGUUCCAGUGUCAAGACCUGACCUUCAUAGCUGACUCCUUGCUCCUCCUAGGGAAAGCUAAACAAUUAAAAACAGCUGUUGAAUGAGGAGGUACUUUCCAUGGAGUCCUGUCUUAGGCUGCCUUCAUCCCUGUUUUUACCACCCACAGCUACAGCAGACCUGCUCUUCAGGUCUGUUUGGCAAGUAGCUGGAAAAACAAGUGCCUUGUAGAAAAGUGUCUCCACCAACCUAUUUUAACUCAUCCAGUAGGGACUGACCUAGAGCAACAGCUUCAGAAGCUCAGACUAAAUACAUAGUUCUAGGGCAUUGGUGCUAUGCAUGUACUGAAAGGGGUACCAGGUUGGGAUCUGCCUUCCUGGAAGUCAUUUUCACAACCAAGUGUAGACAUGCUCUAGGAAAAUCCAUGUGUUUGACUACUGAUUAUGAUGAGUGGUUAAGCCUUUUUUUCCUAUCCCUGAUCUAUCUGGGAAGUGAAAGGGACUCAGGCCUUCAACUUGUCAUUUUGUCAGUGUACCAAGCACCCUUUCACUUCCACGUCUCACACAGAGAUAUUUUUCUUUCCUCUAGUUCUGAAUCUUACAGUAGAGAAAGCAUGUGGGGACUGUGGGGAUACAUGUGAAACUUAAUGCGUGGUUUGAGUUCCAGUCCUUAUAUCUAGGACUUCUUUGAAAGUUCCUGUCUGCCUGAAUUAGUUGAGAAACAUAAAUCUAGUGUACAAGUUGUCUCCAGUGGAAUGAGAAUAUGGGCCCUUCCUGAAGAGGUGUAUUUUCACAAAUCAGUAGGAUAGAAACCCUUGUCUUCCUUUUUGAAUGUGCAGACAUAUUAAGUCUUAAAGUUGGUUCUUUUCCAAUCUAACUGUAUAAUGGAGUAGGUUGCAUGGUAUUUGUUACUAAUUCCAGUUGCUGUUUCAACCAAGGAAAUAAAAUAUAGUUCAUCUGGAGAGAGGGAGAAAAGACCCAAGAGUUGGGGCUAUGCCUUUUGUUUUAAACACAUUUAAUGAGGCUAAUUCAGUUGUCUUAACAAACCUUCCAAUCUUCAGCUAGGAGCUGAAGCAGUUACUGAAACUAUAGGCCCAUAUCCCAGAGCCAGGCCCCAAAGUAGCCCAGCCUCAUCUGUGGCUAUUCAACAGUAAACAGGGCAGGAUUGGUCAAAGUCUACUAGGAUUUUAAAAUCCUCAUGGCAUGAACAGUACUAGCUUUGGUACUAUCACAAACUAUGCAAACCAUCAAGGUCAGAAUGUAGACUCAGACUUGCUGGUGAAUUAACACUAGCUAUUUAUUAACAAAAACUAGUCAGCAUAUAUUGUAAACUUAAAUGUUUUAGCCUUGCCUCAGAGUUCUGCCACCUAACUGGCCUAAGCCAAAAAAAAAAAAAA